GCCAAUCCAUGAGCACUAGACCUUUUGCCAUGAUGCACCCAUUGCACGAAAAUCAUGCUGAAGCGAUUGCUUGUGGUGGGAGGUUCUGGCGCGUUGGGCCGCGGCGUGGCGGCACGCUUUAAUGCUGCCAAGUGGUCUGUGAUCAACGUCGACUUUGCAGCCAACGGGGACGCCGACGUCGUGAACGUGACGUUGGAUUCGGGGAAGAGCACGUUGCAGCAAUUGCCCAAAGUCGUCGAAGGAUUGAAGAACCAAAAGGUCGAUGCCGUGGUGUGUGCCGCGGGUGGAUGGGCCGGCGGCAACAUUGCCAGUCCGGACGCCGUGGCCAACUUGUCGCAAAUGUACUCCAUGAACAUGGAAUCUGCCCUCCUAGCUGCGCAUGUGGCUGCGACGUCGUUGAAUCCCAAGGGACUUCUCGUCUUGACGGGGUCCGCUGCUGCGUUGACAGCCACACCGGAGAUGGUCACGUACGGCAUGACCAAGGCGGCGACGCACCACUUGGUGGCCAGUGCUGCGCCGACGUUGCCAACGGGCGCCACGUCGUUGGCCAUUCUGCCUAUCACGAUUGACACACCCACGAACCGAAAGUACAUGGCCGACGCAGACUUCUCGACGUGGACUCCGGUGGACGAAAUUGCGCGGCAAUUGUUGGCGUGGUCGGCGGACCCGUCGACCCGUCCGACGUCGGGGGACCUCGUUCAAGUGACGACCGCCGACGGCAAGUCGACGUGGACGUCCAAAGGCAAUCCAUUCGCUUAGUAGCUUGCUUGGUCUCGAUACGAUUGCCAUUGUAACGUGAAUAUAAAUGUCCUUUUGGUGCAAUUGGGCC